GUUCGAGGGUGAAUAAACGGAUUGUGUCAAAUUGUCAAUUCGCUUCGCGUCUUAUUUGUUUCGAGUUUUUGAUCUAGUAUUUAUUCUUUCUAAUUCUAAUUAAAUAUUUCACUUGGAUAUGAAAUUUUACAGUGCGUAAUAAGUGUUCUAAAUUACUCUAAUAUUCUUCAAAUGUUCCAAUAUUUGUCGGCAUUAUAGGUUAGAGAUAUUCGUCAUCAAAAUAACGUAUGUGUAAUGAAAAAGUUAUUUUUGGAAAGUAAUCAUUUAAAACAAACUUCAUUCAGUGCUUAAAAAGUGUGUAAUUUUGGACUUUAUAUUACGUACCUGGAAAGAAAAUGGGUCUGAUAAUAUCUAGAUUUCGCCGCAAGAAAACAACGAUAGAAGUCCUCGAUAACCUCGAAACGAAGAUCAAAAGUAUAGAACAGGAUGGCCAAUAUAAGGAGCAGACACACAAACGAGUCAUCGGUUACGUCAUGGCGUAUUCCGUGGGUCUCUACGUCCUUUUCGCGGUGCUGUACUAUUACAUGUACGCCGGGAAGAGCCAGCAUUGGGUACACUCGCUUCUGUACGCUUCGCCGCUGUUGAUUCUGCCUAUUCUCGUGAUAUUCCUUCGAUCAGCUAUAUCAUGGUACUAUAAUUGGACGCUUAAUAAGAAUCGUGUGAAAUUGAACAAAAUGAGAGAAGAGAAAAAGAAGAUUCUAGAAGACGUCAUGAAUACAGAGACUUAUAAGGUUGCAAAGGAGAUCUUGGACAAAUACGGAGGACCAGAGGAGCAAUCUAAAGCAUACAAGCCGUUUUCAGCACUCAAUGCCUCCAAUAACACGACUAGAACCCCACCAGCGACGCCAGUACAAAUACGACCGAGAUUGGCGAUACAGAACUCGACGCCCAUAUCGAAUAAUAACUUACAUUUAGUUCCCGUUAACGCGCCGUCGGCUCUUUACAAGGGACCGCGACUCAGGUCGGACCAGCUGCCACGACCGUUGCCGGAUAGUCACCGCUCUGCUUUGGACAAAGUGGUGGACUAUUUGCUGAAAGACGGUCCGAAUCAUCGCAUGGCCCUUAUAUGUACCUCGUGUUUCUCGCAUAAUGGGAUGGCGAUGGCGGAGGAGUUCGAGUUCGUGUCGUACGUGUGCGCGUACUGCGGACAACUCAACGCGGCGCGCAAGCAGCGCCCCGCCGCGCCGCUGCUGUCGCCCGCGCGCGCGCUGCUGCCCGCUGCUGGCGACGACUCCUCGGUUGCAAGUUCGUCCAGUGACAGCGAAGAUGAAAAAAAUCGUAACGAUACGACGAAAGUUGGAGACGGCGAACCGGAUCGUCCUCCCUCCCCAAUGGAGGUGGAGACGAAAUCCGAGAUGGAGAAAAAAGAAGACUGAAUGAAUUGUUGCAUUGUUAAUUAUUUAUAUUAUAAUAAAUAUCUGCUGAUAAUAAUACACGAACAAUCGAUUGAAGCUCGGCUGAAAAUGUUAAUUUGUUUUUAAAAUACGCGCCGUAUAAUGUGAGUCUUAUGAAUACAGAAAAAUUUAAACAGCAUUAACGUAAGUAAUCUAUGCGCUUAGAAUCAUGUAUAUCAUCCAAAAGAAAAAAUUAAUUUAGAACAUCUAUAUAAUUUUGUCUCUGUACAAUAGCUGUAUAAAAAUAACUUAUCACUUGUAGAAAUAGCAAUAUUAUCUGUCCCUUUCAUACUGUUAGAUGUUUCGAUGACAAUUAUAUACAAGUCUAUUGCUAAGCAUUUAUUAAAAGGAGUUUUUUUUAAUUAUAAUAAAUGCUUAGAACUCGCUUUAAAAUGUGGUGUUCAUAAUAUAAGGAAUCUGUGGUUAAAUUUUAACUGUGCAUUAAAAACUUUUUUGAGGUUAGACUACGUUUCACAAUAAAUAAAAAAUAUGUAUCAUGUUAUCAUAUUCACCUUUAACGCAAAAUCAUAGUACUACAUGAAAAUUGUUAUUUAAUUAUCUUUAUAUACGUGUUCAUAAUAUAUUUUCUGAGGGGGGGAUAAUGGAGUUUGUAUGGUAUGGGUUUUGAAGCGGUCGCUUUAUUUAUUUAAUCGAUGUUCACUUAAUAUAAACUCAUAAUUUAUUUUAAAACGCAGCAAUUAUAAAAAAUCGAAAUAAACUUUGCUUAAAGGCUGACAACUAGUACAUUGAUGUUGUCAUUGGUGCGUUAAAAUAACCUUUUAAAUGGUAACAUUAAGUAUAGUCAAGGUUCGAAUUUCGAGUUUAUAAGUUUCUCCGGAAUUUGACAUCUAUUAUUUCACCUUUGACAAUGACGUUACGAUAUGAUGUUGCCAUUUAAAUAAAAAUUUUAUGUUUAUUUGUUUUAGUUGUCGGACUUUAAAAAUUUGUAUGGUCUUCAUAAUUAUUUGAUUAAUAAAAUAUUUUGUUAUUAAUCUCUAAUAAUAAUAUAGAAUAUAAUUGUAGUUUUUAUAAAUCUUACAAGCUAUAUACUCAAUGUGAAUUAUGAAAAUUAAUAUAAUAUGUUACAGUCAAUUAUUAACAAAACUUUUUAAUUAAGACAAAAUUGUUUUUUUUUAGUGUAUAUUUUUGAUCUGUACUAUGUGAUUUAUAAAAAAGAUUUAUUGGAAUAAUAACUUACAAUACCGUCAUAAAUUUUGCAUAUAUGACGUAAGGUCUGUCUGUCUUAAGUAAUUUAUUUUCGAACGUACGCAUUCAUCAUAUUAUAGACUAUAAAUUUAAGACAAUUUUACACUAGUCGGAUAAAUGCUGCGUUUUAGCUAUACACUAAUUUAUUAAAAUAUUUUUUAAGUUAUUAUGAAUCUUCCUAGUUGUAGACAUAGGCUUAAUAUAACAUACGGCUUGUUAGGCUCGAUACUUAAUAUGUUUUUUUUUUCUAUAUGACAUCUAAGAAUUAAGUUUGCUUUUCUUUAGACAAAGUAAUAUAAUUCUUUGACUUUUUAUAUAUCAUUGGUUAACAAUGGAAAAUUAUUUUUUUAGUUUCAAUAUUGUUCUAAAUUCAAUUUUAUUCGAAUCAAAAUUCGCUUUCACAUGAAACGUCAUUGCAUAGCGAAACGUCACAUUUCCCGCUCAUUUUUUAACAUAAUAUAAAAGUAGUUCUCUUUAAAUUUUGCUUAUAACUCAAUCGGUUAACUUAAGGCUUUUGCUGCUCUAUCUCGAAGUUAUGUUCUAUUAAUGUAAUUCGAUUAGAAAUAAUCAAAUCAAUCUUUGAUUAUUUCUAGAAUGAAAUUAGUUUUUACAAUUAUUGCAUAAUAUUUUUUAAAUUAAUAUUUAUCGCUGUAGAACAUUUGGGCCCAGUUAUGCCAAAGUAAAUAAAGCCGCAAAUAUAUAUCACGGGCCACUUUAUUAAUAUAAAAAGCAUGCAUUUUUAUUCAUGUUUGGGGCAGGUUUAUUCAAAAUAGCAAUAUUUGGAAUGAAAACUGUGAUUCAUUGGUAAGGUAAAAAAUAUUUAUUAUUUUGUCCAGUACUAAUUUCUAUAUGCAGUGGUGACCACUUACCACCUGGUGGCCCAUUUUCCCGCCCGUCUUCCUAUUUUAAGUACACUUCGGCAUAAGUGGAUUCAAUUCCUACUACAAACGUAUGCUAGUGUAAAUUCAACGUUAAACAAAAAAAAAAUUGUUUGCAUGUUAAUCAAAGUUAUUUUUAAUCUUUGUUCCUAUUAAAAUUUUAUUGUUAUUACCGUAAGUAUUUUCUUAACCAUGAAAUAAUACCCAUUCAUAACAUUAAUUAUAUUUUCAAUUACAUGGAAUUUUGUUCCGUUCCAUAAUAUGUAUUAAUAUUUGUUUGCUAAAUAAACUAAUUUCUCUAUAACAUUGCUAACAACAAAAGGUUUUCUAGUCAAUUGGAUAUUAUAACUAUAUUUAGCCCAAUACAUUCCUUACAUGAAAUGUUUUAAAGAAAAUUAAUAUAAAAUGGGUUACUUACAGCUUUUCAUCACAUUAAUUCACAUUAUUUUUAAGGAAAAGAUUGUUUGCGUUUUUUGCCUUAAAGUUAUGCUUGGGUCAUACUUGUUUUUUAGCAUAAAAAGGUCUGGCAGCUUCAUUCAUUCAUUUUGACAGCAUUUUUUAUCUUUGUCAUCUAUUCUAAUCUAUAGAAGAUUGAAGAUUACGUAUUACAGCUAUAUCUCAUGUAUUAUUUUAUUGAGCACUGAAUAAUUUUAAAUAUUGUUAACUAUAAUCAAAAUAACUUAGCAUCUGACUUAUGUGUAUUAAAAUUUACUCAUAUGAUUUGUUUACAAUUCGUUUUUUCGUUAUCAAUCAAAUCUGACACAUUAAAGUAUAUUAAUAUAACAAUGCAAUUUCUUUGAUAAUAAUUAAUAAAAAGUUUUAACAACUGAACUGAGCGGGCUUUGGUUCAAUUGAUACAUUUGAAAGUUUUAGGAAAUUUUAACAGUUAUAUUAUAUGCUUAGAUUUUAUGGCAAAAAUCGCUGUCAGUUUAUUUGUUGUCCAUAUUAAAUUCCUCCAUAUUUUCGACAACUACAUAUCUUUAGCAAUUACAUAUUUUUAAAAUAAUCUGUGUAAUUGACAUAUUGAAAUGUCACUUUUCCCGCUUAUUUUCAAACAUAUUGUUAUACUAUAAAAAUAUUGUACUGUCUGUAGCUCAUUAAAACUAAACUCGUUUUCGAUUUCAAAACUGUUCUACGUCAGAAAAUUUGAAUUUUACGUUUUAACUUUCAAUGUUUACUGUCAUUGUCCGUCUGCUAGACACUGAAACUUUUUUACUAAAUUUUUUUUUUUCUAUUUGACGUAAUUUGACUUUAAGUAUAACAUCUAUGACAAUCUAAUAAAAAAAUCAUAUGUGUAUACAUUUUGUAAUAUUGAAUUAUUAUCACACAGAAGAUUUAAUAAAACAUUUUUUACUCGACAUAAAUUAGCUUAUACUGUGUAACAUUCUAAUAAAGUAAUCAGAUUCCUACACAUUUGGUAACAUGUUGAACUGUUAUUCAUCAAACGAUAACUGAUAAUUAUAUAAGAGUUGUAGACUGUAUUGCUGUGAAUGACAGAAUGAUUAAAAUUGUUGAAUAGUUUGGACAUGGGCAGUUAGGGGCCUUAAAAAUCGACAUUGUUUAAAAUUGUCUAUGAAGCACCAUUUUUUGUUAUAAAUACACUAUGAUUCCAAUUAUUGCAUAUUAUUAAGAUGCAAAGACAAUAAAUAUUCAUGAAAACUGUUACGUGAAAAUGCAUUUUUUAAAUUGAGCAACUUUACUUCAAGGAAGGUACUGUCAUAGAUAAAAAUAAGUUUUUUAAAUCCUCACUUAUUACAAGGUGAAGAUGUCGAAUGAAUAGUGUUGUUAAAUUUGUUAUUUAUUGCUUGUAUCGUUGAUUAGCCGUUUUAUAAUGGAACUAAUAUAUUAUAAGUAACUA